UAGCAUAGGGAUCAGUUACCCGAAUCACAUUCUUUGACAGAUUUUUAUGCAUAUUCAGUAGGUCUGAGAAUCGGCUACUAUCUAUUAUAGAUAUUAACGGGAUUGUUACCAUGUACCUUGUUUUUUAUGAGUCUCCGAUAUUUCGGCACUGUUGCAAGCGCCAUGAACACGGAGUUACUCCGUGUUACUCAUGAUCACUCAUGGUAACAAUCCCGUUUAUUCGGGGUAUCAGUUUGCGUGGGGUUUUAAUGGAGAAAUACACUGUUGAAACUGUUAAAUAUUUUAUUUUACUACACAGUUGGACACACAGUUCACUUAUAUUUAGAAAUGUUUAAUUAAAUUCAAAGGAAAAAGUAUAAAAAUGUUAUUGUUAAAAUUAUCUUAAUAUGUAAUUAACUGUUAUAGAAAUGUUCCGAAUUUAUGUUAUAAUGUUAACGAGUACAACUUAUUGCUACCGCGAAAUGUAUUGCACUGAAAUGUCAAAGUGCACGGCGGACUAUACGGUGCGCCAUCCUAAUAUGUCGCAAUAACUUAUCGUUCGGUUUCGAACCGAACACCGUUAAUAACUUUAAUAUUAGUGACCAUGAAAGUUUAAAACAAUAUAUCGGCUACUAUCUAUUUUUCAUACCCCUAAGCGAUAAGGAUCUUCAACCCCAAAAUUUUUUUUUAUAAUUUGGCAUUAAAAGAUACAUGUAUACAACCCUUAAUUUUCACCAUUCUACCAUUAACCAACCCCUAAUUUUAUAGCGAUACGAAGUUCGCUGGGUCAGCUGAUUUCAAUAUAAUAUGUAUUACACAACACACUGUAUUUCAAUGCAAACUGAUUAAAUAUUAACGAGACUAAUUUGUAAACUUGAAAGGGAUAAAACAGCUCAUCUGAUUGGGUUUGCAUUCUAUAUGAGCGCGUCAAUCACCGCAAAGUUCAUUUGUACAGAGGACCUUUUAACGGGGGCGGAAUUAGUUUAAAGUUUCCACCGUAGUAGCAGGUUUAGUUAAAGGAAAUGAACAAUAGAGCAUUGUUUUUGACCGUUUUCAUAAUUAAGUAAGUACUGUGUAGCUUACGAUAUUAUGUCUACUCCUUUUGAACUCGUAGCUGUAUAUUUGGAAAUCUCCGUGACCGAAUUGCUUGCGAAUUCUGUGUUAUAAGUAUCUAUAAUACUGUUACGUGUCGGGAUGGGGUUAGAAAAUUAUAUGCCAGUUCACGCUUGACAGUUCUUUAUUCACCACUCAGUUCACACAAUUAACACACAAUGUUAAUUACAAAACACUCACUAUACAAGUCUCUAAACAAUCGCACUUGAACACUUUUGUUGCACUUUGAUCGCCUUUGGAUUCGCUCCGAAAUCGCUGUUGUAACUCAACUGUCUCUGCGCGCCGCCAAUCGCGCUUAUAUACGCCGAUCGACGCAUUCUAGAAAGUACCUGUUAAAUUGAGAAUUAGCUAGCACCCGCGAGUACGAAGUACCUACUUAUACCUACGAAGGUAACGCGCAUAACUUGUAAACAAGUGCAGAUGUCGUUGCACUUUCUCUCUUACGCCGCACUGCAUUAGGCUCAUUUUAGAAUGCUGCAUCGACUCGACCUCUAUCGCGACCCGCGGUGAUCUGGCAAAUUCAAUCUCUAGCACUUUCGCGGUUACGUUUCGAGAGCUUUUGUGACAAUACAUUACGUCAGUCAGACUCAAUGUAGAAAAAGUAACUUCAAAAUCUUAUGUGUGACGAUUACCAGUACGGUAAUCUAGGCAGUAAAUUUAUAUCUAGGUAGUAAAUUUUUAGUUACAUCAUAUAAUAAAAAAUAUUUUUUAAUAAUUAUUAAAAUAUACCUACAGGUUUGUACGGAACCCACGGUACGCCAGUCCGACUCGCACUUGGCCGGUUUUUUUCACAUUGACAAUAUUUAACUGAACAGAAAAUAGCAUAUCCAUCUAUGCUUUUCAAAACAAGUACCUUAGUGGCGUUAUAAUAAAGCAGUAAUGGAUCAGCAAAUAGCUAGAUGAUUGUCACUCCCAUGUGUCAAAAGCAGUUAGCUAAUAGGCCUUCUGGAGUACAUAAAGGUGGACUGCGUGACCGUAGUAACAGUUAGCCCAAGGCUAUACAGGGUGUAAAAAAACCUAUGACAAAGACUAAAACUACGCAUCCUGUACACCCCAACAAGUAAUAUUACAAAAUAUUACAUGUGGGUAACAUUUGUAUUUUAAGUUAAAAAAUCUAUUUUUAUUCCAGUACCCAGUGUAUAGCGUGGCGUGCUACUGUGGUGCUACGCAAACAAUGUGUUUGUGUGUGCAUGUGUAUAAGUGCGUCGAUAAAAAGUUUCUAAAUAACGUUAUUGUAAAAAUCUAUAUAACCAUAAAUUUCCCAGGUAUGGUCUAGAAGAAAAAAAUCAUCGUCAUGAUGUGGAAAAUACGUGGCCUUCGACUUCGUUAAAGGUUUUUUUACACCAUAAAUAAAUUUAAAGAUAUUAUAAAAAAAACACUUAUUAAAAAAGCUUAUUACAAAGUGUCUGAUUAUAUUACAGACAAAAAUGCUUGGGUUUGAACUGUUCCAAUCAUUCCAACAGGUUUUCUAUAUUAAAUAAAUCAUGAUUGUAUUGACGUUGUAACAACAUAAUGAUUUGUUAAUGUUGUUACAUUAGACUUUUAAUGUUGUGGAGUUUUUUUCGCUCGUUUUUCUCCGCAGCUAAAAAAUAUGUCCAUAACGAGUGGUAGGGAAAAAAAAUUUUUGGACGAUUCAAAAGAGUUGUACUAUACAUCCAAUUUGAAUAAAGAUAUAUUGAUUUCUGAUUUCUGACACCCUGUAUUUGGCUAUUCUUCCUUUUGAUUCUAUAAGCGGACACCAGUUUACACCUAGACGCUUGCGAUGCCAGAGCUCAAAUGUUUUGUUGCCAGAGUAUCUCUUGCCCUGACCACAUCCUAUACCUGUAAUUGUAAUUUAAUAGUCAUUUUCGUACCGUGCUUCGGAAGGCACGUUAAGCCGUUGGUCCCAGCUGCAUCUGCAGUCGUUAGCAACGCACCAACCCGCACUGGGUCCGCGUGGUGGGUCAUGGCCCAAUCACCCUAUUCCAUCAAUAGGGAAGGCCUGUGCCCCAGCAGUGGGGACAUUAAUGGAUUGAUGAUGUUUUUUGAACCUGUAUCUAUUUUAAACCAGAACUGAUUCACUUAAACCUGAGAUUCAUAUAGCCCCUCCUCCCCCCUAUUCUAGUGUCGCCGCGGAUUUCUCGCCGAUUCUCAGCGGCAUUGAGGAGCGAAGGGACCUGGAGUACAUAAUGGUGGACCUUCUGAAAGGGCUGACGCGUCGCUAUGACGUCACUUGCGUGGCUGUAGUCUGCGACACGGUCUACUUAAACGUCUUCGAAGGAUACCUGUUCAAGAGGAUGUGGCGAAUGCCCUUUAUUAUGAUAGUGGUUGAAGAAUAUGAGGACUUGCUUUCCCCAAACUUUGACACUCUUGAAUCUCUGCGGGAAGCGAGGAAAGCUGGUUGUAACGUAUACGUUGUUCUGCUGGCUAAUGGUAUUCAGACAGCGAGGUUAUUAAGAUUUGGAGACAGAUACCGUAUAUUGGACACGAGAGCUAACUACAUCAUAUUACACGACUACCGAUUGUUCCACAGCGAACUACAUUACCUGUGGAAACGUAUCAUCAACGUAAUAUUCCUGCGAUAUCACAACAAAUUCACGGGUGUAUCAAGAAGCAAAGCUUGGUUUGACUUAUCCACUGUUCCGUAUCCGAAUCCAAUCAAAAACAUUUUCAUAUCCAGAAGGGUGGACAUAUGGAAGGAUGGUAGCUUUCAUUACAACAGACCUUUGUUCGCUGAUAAAACCAGCAAUUUGAAUGGCGAAACACUGAAUAUUGUUUACUUGGACCACGUGCCGUCAGUCGCUGUAACAAAAAGUAAUGAUUCUAAAGUAGUUGGAGGUGUUGAAAUUGAAAUCCUCAACACUUUAGCUGAGAAAAUGAACUUCCAUCCAAAGCUUUAUCAGCCGCCAAAUGCUGAAUUACACAAAUGGGGUCAGAAAGAAGCUAACGGUUCGUUCUCCGGUCUCCUCGGUGAGAUGGUGAACGGGCAAGCGGACAUAGCCUUGGGCAACCUACAGUACAACCCCUAUCACCUCCAACUGAUGGACCUGAGUAUUCCUUACACAUCGCAAUGUAUUACUUUCCUGACGCCAGAGGCUUUGACAGAUAACUCGUGGAAAACCUUGAUUUUACCUUUCAAAUUGCAAAUGUGGAUUGCGGUCUUGCUGGUACUUUUGAUAACGGGAACAAUAUUUUAUGGUUUAGCAAACUUUUACACAAACCUGCAAAAGUACAAGAAGAACCAUGGUGUAAACACGAACAUCAAGCUUGAAGAGAAACCAGAGGGACAAAAUGAUUCAGACGCGAAACCUGGUCUGUAUUUGUUUGGAGACAUAAUUAACAGCAUUCUUUACACAUAUGGAAUGUUAUUGGUCGUGUCCUUACCAAAGCUGCCUACCGGUUGGUCAAUACGGCUUCUCACCGGAUGGUAUUGGCUAUAUUGUAUACUCCUUGUAGUAUCGUAUAGAGCAAGUAUGACCGCAAUCCUUGCAAACCCCGCUCCGAGGGUCACAAUAGACACGUUGAAAGAACUCGUCGAAAGCAAAAUUACCUGCGGUGGUUGGGGCAUGGAGACAAAGAGAUUCUUCGAGGAAUCGUCGGAUGAAUUAAAGACGAUAGGGCAGAAAUUCGACAUCGCAAACGAUCCGUUCGAAGCUGCGAACAAAGUAGCUAGAGGUGCUUAUGCAUAUUACGAUAAUCAUGAUUUUCUUAAGUACAUCAGGGUGAAGAGGAAGAAUGCUAAUAUGACCUUAGAGCCAGAUAAGAGCAACUUUACAUUAAAUUCUGUCGAUAUAUUAGCAAAUAAUGAUGUAGAAAGAAAUUUGCAUAUUAUGUCUGAUUGUGUAGUAAACACACCCAUUUCUUUGGGUUUCCAUAAGAACUCUCCUUUGAAACCGUUAGCUGAUUUGUAUUUGAGGCGCAUUGUUGAAGUUGGCUUAGUUGAAAAGUGGCUCAACGAUGCAAUGCACCCUAUAAGGUCACUAGAGACAACUGAUGAAGCUAUCAAAGCUCUGAUGAAUUUGAAGAAACUGUAUGGUGCAUUUGUAGCUUUGGCUAUAGGUUAUUUACUGAGUUGGAUUUGUCUCAUUGGGGAACUUAUACAUUGGCAUGUAAUAGUGAAAAAGGAUCCCAAGUUUGAUAAAUAUGCUUUAGACAUGUAUUAUAUGAACAAAAAUAAAUAGUUGUGAAAUUCACCGUAGCAAAAGUUUAUUAAUCCAUUAUCUAUAAUAAAUUUAAUAUCUAUGAAUAAAACCUAAAAGGUAUUUGAAAUUUAGUUUUCUGUUCAGUCAUAUAGGUAUUUUAAGUCUUUUAAAACAGUCAAUUCCAACUGCAUAGUUCAUAUUAUCUUAACAUAGUUUUAAAAUUCAACAUUACCCAUAAUUAUUUUUGCAUCACAACAUAAAACUAUGAAUAAUCACUUUAAAUGCAUAAAUUGUAAUUAAUAACAAAAUUAUGAAAAAUGUUUUUGUUGAUUUUUGGACUGCUUUUUUUUCUAUAAAAUGGCAUAAUUUAUUCUACAUUAGCUAACAUUAAAUAAGAUUACAAAACAUAAAAAAAUAUUAUUUUUGUUCCGGAUUGUGAGCUGGAGGUAUAGCUCCCUCCGGAGCAUUUUCUAAAAUCCAAGGAUGUUGCAACACACUAGUUAAUGGCAGUCUUUGUUCAGGAUUUAUCACUAGCAAUUUUCCCAUUAAAUCUUUAGCCUUUUCUGAAAUGAAUUCGGGAUACUUAAUUAUUACAUAGCGUAUUUUCCUGUAUGUCUGAUGGGAGUCUUUGGCAUCAAACGGCGGUAAUCCAACGAGUAAUUCAUAACACAACACACCCAAACUCCAUAUAUCAACGGCAUAGCUGUGCGGUUUACCUUCAAUCAUCUCUGGUGAUAAAUAAUCUAGUGUGCCACAAAGUGUCAUUCGUCUAGAAGAUGGGGAGUGAACCGACCACCCAAAAUCUGCUAUCUUUAAUUCCCAGUUGUGUCCGAUCAAUAAAUUCUCUGGUUUAAUGUCACGAUGAAUAACUUUCUUAGAAUGACAGUAAACCAAAGCCCUAGUCAAAUCUCUUACAUAAAUAGCUGCUGUUUUCUCAUCAAAACGCCCGCGUUCCUUGAGCAGCUUAUAGAGAGCACCUUGUUUUGCAUAUUCCAAAAUUAAAUAAAUCCUCUUUUCAUCAUGGAAAUAUCCGUACAUACGUAGAAUGUUGGGGUGACGCAAACGGCACUGUAUUUCAACCUCUCGCCGUACUUGAUGUUCUAUUUCAGAGUCCAGUAUUUGACUCUUAAAGAGAACUUUUAACGCAACAACAUAGUGCGAUUCUUUUUCACGGGCUAGGUAAACGUUACCAAAUUUUCCCUUACCAAGUGGCCUGCCCAAGUCAAAGUCUGUUAAUGUCCAUGAUUUCUUCUUGUCAUCCCUUUUGAGCUCAAUUUUUCCAGCUGCAGAUUGUUCUUUGUUGUCAUUCACGUUUGCUUUAGUACUAUUAUGCAGUGGUCUGCUAAUCGGUACAGCUGGAACUUUAAAACUAUCAGCUGGCAGUUUUUGGUUACUAACAUUGCAAAUGCAACCAGCUUUUCCAGAAUUAUGCGGACGGUUUUCCUUACAUCCGCAUUUCGAUGCGUUCAUUGUCACAAUAAGUCUUGUUAAACUGUACCAACAAUAAUCAACAUGCACUUUAAAACAACUCCGCCGAAAUAAAGUCGUAGCAAAACUUGAAUGAGUGAAGUAACGUAUUUUUGCGUCAGGCAGGUUUUUAAUUUCGUGAUAAUGUUG